UGAAUCUAUGUCAGAAGAGAAUUUAUCAAAUUAAAAGUAGAAUUAAAUUAUAUUUAAUAUUUAGUUAAACUGACUAAUUGAUGUUACUCUUACUAUUAACAGCAGUAAAUCAAUAAUCAAAAGUUAUAGAUAAUCAAUCUUAGGUAAAAGUACAUAAUUUAUUUAUUAAAUUUAAAUAGUAGAACAAUAAUAAUAUCAAUGAAAGAUGCAGGUACUUUCCCAAAUGUACCAACAAGCAUUGUUAAUAUAUUCAUCCAAAAAUUAAAGUAGCUAAUUAUUUAAAUAUUCAUUUAGUGCAAAUAUUUUCCUUAAUGUAACAAGGGAAAUCAAUGCAUUUAUAUGCAUCAGCAAUGCAAACAUGGGAUUCAUUGCAAAAACCCAUAAUGCAGUUAUGAACAUCCAUACAAAAAAAAAUGAUAUCAUAU